AUGUGGCUGCAGAGUGCUUCCCAGCCUGGAAAUUAUAAAUCGGCAAAGACUGCUGUGGGCUUACAACCUCAGAUGCAGAUGUUGGCGGGAACGGAUGAUGGUUUGGCUUCGCAGAUAUCGCCCCAGCUGAGAUCCUCAACAAACACGGUUAUGGACGAAAAUGACACCUCCGAGGAUGCGAUCGAUGGGCCGUCGUCCAAUAUUGCUUUCCUACGCCACAUCUCAGAGGCUUUCGCACAAGCAAGUGGGCAGCGUCAGGUGACAAAGGCCACACUCAAUCCUUCAAAUCCCACUGGUGACUGGGUGUGUGUGACACACGCUCAAGGUGACAUAUCCGGCAACACCUUUAAUCCGUCAGAAGACGGGAUCAAUAUCUACGCACUUCCUUCCGAAACUCGCACCAGGGUACUCAUUGAUGAGUAUUUUCAAAAGACGGGUCAGCUACUACCUAUCAUCCAUGAAGCAUCUUUUCGUGAGACGUUCAUUGAGAUGAAGCGCUCCAAUUUCACAGCCACACGCAGAACGUGGCUGGGCUUGGUGAACAUCAUUCUCGCCUUGGGUUGCACAUUGAUUGUGGAUGGAGACGAUACCGCCAAAGAGAGGAUUGCAGAAUCAGAUAUGUACUGUCAAAGGGCCAACAGGCUUUGUGAAAGAGAGCCAAGAAAAAGUAUAAGUCUUGAACUCGUGCAAUAUCUGCUCUUAAUGGGCCAGUAUCUCCAGGGAACACAAAAAUCGGUCCAGGCAUGGACUGUGCAUUAUCUGGCGAUAUCAACAGCUUUUCAGUUAGGCCUACACUCUCCAAGAACCAACGCAGGCUUUCCACCUGUAGAGGGCGAAGUUCGGAAGCGGGUCUGGUUCGGCUGUAUCCUUCUCGAUCGAACCCUAAGCAUGACUUUUGGUCGCCCGUGUAUUAUCUCUAAGAAACAUGUGAGGCUUGAACUGCCGUCAGCCAACAUACAGAUCAUGGGCCAGACACCCGAGAGUGCUGCCAUCCAGCAUAUGGAUGCAAGGUACUUUCAAGCCACAAUUAAACUAAACAACAUCUUGUAUGAGGUUCUUGACACGUGUUAUGAGCAGAAUAUAGGGCCUGCAGAAACCCAUGCCGACGCCCAAAUCCUUUCAAUGACGCUCAAGGGAGAUCAGCAACUGGACGAGUGGAGGUCCCAGAUCGUCCCUGCAUUGGGACUUCGGAUCCUCCACACUCCACUGGUCUCUCAAGACCUUGGGAACUUCGAGUUGAAGGACAAAAUUGUCGAGAGAUUCAACCUGGUUUUGUCUCUUCGAUUCCAUAAUCUCCGUAUUCUAAAUCACCGCCGCAUACUGGAGAAGUUCCUUAACAGCACCAAAGGUGUCAAUGAUGUCGAAGCCAAUAUGAUACGUCAAGUUUACGUCAGCAGCAUCGAAACGUGCCUCGAAUCGUCCAUCAACAUUGUUGCUAUUGUACACCACGUGGUACUAUCCCAUGGCUGGCACCGUGACCUACUUGGAGCAUGGAACUAUUCUUUAUUUUACACAUUCAACGCCGGGUUAGUUUUGAUUGCAGCUUUGCUCGUUGCUGCGAAGGGAAGCGAUACAGAACGGGUGCAGACAUUGCCUUCCUGGAAGUAUCUGGACAAUGCAAUGAUGUACGUCAACAUGGCAGUCGAAGCUUUGCAGAACUUGGACCGAGGGAACCGGGUCGUUCAAGGCAUAGUCGAUUAUUUGUCACAUUUGGCAAUGGCAUGUUCAAGCCUACUUUCCAAACCUGGCACGACACACAACGACAGAAAUGUCGAUCAACACGGCCCCCACGCAGCAACGGGUAACAGUCUUAGCCCUCAGCAAGCUCCUCAAGCAGGAGCCUCAUACCGAGCUUUUAGCCAGUUGCCCGAGGUAUUCAACAUUGAGAGUAAUCUCAGCGGAUUCAUGCUGGAUACAGAUGUGGACUCUUUUUUUCGCCUUUCUGAUCCUGAUAGCUUGGAUUUGAAUGGAUUUCUAUAA